AUGCUCCCGGCCCCGGACCCCGCCCAGUGCCCAAACGCCUGUCCAUCUUCCUCUGCACGGGUCUGGUCAUCAGCUAUCUCCCGCAGCGCUGGGACAUCAGAGGGUCUCUCUCCGUUCUUCCUCCUCCUCGGUGCCACAUCGUCGGCAAGCGGCAUGCUCAACCUCUUGAUCAUGCAGUGGCCACUGAUCGAGUGCUGCCGGGUGGUGAGCGGUGGGCAGUGCGCCGAGAGCCUCAUGAGGUUCCUCCAAGUGUUCCUGCAGUGGCUCCUGUUCUCCAUCAUCCUCAUCCUCUACCUGGUCUACUUCCCGCGUGUACCGCACAUGCUGCCUCCUUCCGAGCACGAGGGAUACGGCACGAACGGUGCCGACGAGGACACACCUGAGGAGCUCGUCGAGCGCCGCAAAGUGGCUGUGGAGAAGAACAAGCUCGAGUGGCGCGAGGCCAUCGGCAUGUCGUGGCUCGUGUCUCUCCAUCUCGUCGUCCUCACGCUCCUCUCCAUCGUUCUUCUCUUUGUCCUUCCCUCGCGCCCACAACACCCCGUCCUGCGCCAACUUGCCACGUUUUGCGGCCUAAGCGCGACGGCCCUCGCCGUGUGCCAGUACGCACCACAGAUCGUCAAGACGUACAAUGCCCGACUUGUCGGCGCGCUGUCCCUGGGAACCAUGGCCAUCCAGGUUCCCGGGAGCAUCCUGUUCUGCGCAUCCAUCAUGGCCGGCGAGGGCACAGACUGGACGUCUUGGCUGCCAUACGCCAUCACCGGCUUUAUGCAGUUUACUCUGAUGAUCAUCUGCCUCAUGUGGAGGCGCCGCGAAAAGUUGCUGGGCAUCGACGACUUUGGAGAGCCACUCCCCGAGGCGGAGCCGAGCGAGGACGAGCGUGCCGCGCUGCUGGGCAACUAG